ACAGCAGCAGCAACACUAUCACCACUACAGCGGCAAUAGCAACAACUACAAAAUGCAUUUGACUACCACGUCGAGCAACUCAACGGCAUCCAAUGCCAAUAACAACAACAAUAAUACGGCAAACAACAACAACAACACAAGCAGCAACAACAACACGACAAACACGAACGGCAGCAGCAACAACAACACAAGCGGCGGCGGCAACAACAACAACAACAACAACAGCAGCGGCAACAACAGCAACACGGAGCAGAACACACCGCCCACGCCCGCCCAACUCCUGAAUGAGGCCUAUACGAAGAUGACCUCUGACAUCCUGGCGGAGCGGACGCUGGGCGACUUCCUCACCGAGCAUCCGGGCGAGCUGAUCCGCACGAGCAGUCCGCUCUUCGUCUGCACGGUGCUGCCGCCCCACUGGCGGAGCAACAAGACGCUGCCGGUGGCCUUCAAGGUCGUCUCGCUGGGCGACAUCAUGGACGGCACGAUGGUCACCGUGCGGGCGGGCAACGAUGAGAACUACUGUGCGGAGCUGCGCAACUGCACGGCGGUGAUGAAGAACCAGGUGGCCAAGUUCAAUGACCUCAGGUUCGUCGGGCGGAGCGGCAGAGGGAAAAGCUUCACGCUAACCAUCACCGUGUCAACGAAUCCACCGCACAUAGCCACCUACAACAAGGCGAUCAAAGUGACUGUCGAUGGGCCACGCGAACCCCGUUCCAAGACAAUGUUAUCCCUUUUAGGACAGCAGCAGCAGUUCCACUUCGCCUUUGGCCAACGACCGUUCCACUUCUCCACGGAUCCACUUUCCGGCUUCCGGAUGCCGCCCAUUGGCAAUUGUCAGAGCGCUAGCAACACGCACUGGGGCUACGGAUCAGCUGCCUCUGCAUAUUCGCCCUAUUUGGCCAGUAGCGGCUUGUCGUCCUGCACCACGCCCACUUCCGCCCAGUUCAACAAUCCGGCCCUGGGCUUCACCUGCUCCUCCAACGAUCAGAGCAACAACCAGGACUUCGGAGGAGCCACCAAUCGCGACUGCGUGCCGAUGCUGCCCGACUCGACGGCCAGCGAUCUCGACCAGCACUUGAGCAGCCUGGUGGGCUCCACCAGUGGCCAGAUGACGCACCACAGCCUGCUGGGCGCCGGCGGCCAGACCUCGAUAUCCUCGACGGUGAACGGGGCGAGCGGAGGCGGCAGUGCCGGAGCCGGAACCGCCGGCGGCGGAGCGGGCAGCGGCGGUGGUGCAGGCGGUGGGGCGGGCGGCAACUCCAUCCUGGUGCCGCGCUAUCACACAAACGCGAGCAACGAGUACAACGUGCACUCCAGCCAGAAUGGACCGCGGAGCCUGUCGGACAGCUCGCAGGCGGAGUCGCCGGUGCAGGAGGACCUGCUGACCACCAACACACCGAAUCUGGGCAGCACGGCGGGCGGUGGGGCGGCCAACGGUGGUGCGGGCACGAAUGCGGGCAGUGGUGCGGCGGGCAGUGGUGCCGGUGGUGCUGGUGGCGCCGCCUCGGCGGUGGGCAAUCCCUCGAUGCUGGGCGCUAACCAGAACUUCCCGGGCAUUGUCAAUCAGGCGCAGCACUCGGCGGCCUCGGCCUACGGCGGCGGAACCGGCGUGGUGGGCGGUGGACAUGGCAGCGCCGCCGCCGCUGCCGCCGGAUGCAAUGGCUCCCUGUAUCCCGUGCUGCCCGCCAGUCUGCUGUACUCCCAGCUGUACACCGCUGCCAACCAGUCCGCCCACGGCUUCCACUCGCACACCUUGCCCGCCCACGCCUCGCCGAACUCCUCCGUGCACGGCGAGCUCCAGAGCGUCAUGGAUCACAUCAGCAAUGUGGGCGUGCGGCAGCAGCACAACAUCAUGGCCGGCGGGGGCGUGACCCAUCCGGGCGACCUCACCCUGAUCGGCAACUGUGGCGCCUCGGUGAGGAACAUCGAGGACGGGAACAGCAAUCGGCAGGUGGCCGCCUUAGCUGCCCAUCGCGGCCACCACAAUCCCACCGACAAUGGGGGCAGCGUUUGGAGGCCCUAUUGA